AUGAGUCAGCCGCCUGCUCGAUACAACGAGUAUCUUCCUUCUGAAAAAGGUGCACAGCGCCCAAUGCAGCCCAUGGAUCCCUAUGAGCCAAUGCAUACUACAACAGGCAUGGCACAACCUCAUACACAGCCGAUAAAUUAUGACCCAUACGAUGAUGCGGAUGAUCCAUAUUCAGUACCUGCGCGAUAUCCUGCCGGUGGUGGUGGUGGCGGCGGUAGUAUCAAUGACCAGCAGCAUAGUAAACGACAUUCUGGCAGCCAACAAGAUGGAUACCACCCGCCUUAUUCACCACAAAGUUCCGAUCCAUUUGGUGCAUCAUCCGAACCAAUGUACUUUGAUGACGAUAAAGAAGGAGCAAAUGGGUUGCUAGCCGACAACAUGGUAGCGAUGGAUAUGAUGGAGCAAUACGAGUCGCCACAGAAACGACAAAAGGAUCAGUUGUCUGAAAUGCAACAACGCAAAAGGAAAAAAAGAGGAUGUGGUGGAUUACGAACACGAUGGAUGGUCUUUGCAGCCUUUGUGUUGAUCAUUUUGAUUGCCUUGGCUUGGUUCUUUGUAUGGCCCCGUUGGCCCAACAGCAUCCUAUUCCAGAAUGCCGGCAUCAUUACACCCUACGACUCAUCCGAUCCUGAAUCCAAGAUUUACGAAGCUGUUUGGCAAGUCAAUCUCACGGUGGACAAUUCUGAAAACUUUGUCCCAACCCAUUUCAAGGAAUUUCAUCUCAAACUUUACGACGGCAGCACAAAUGUCAAGAUUGGCGAGGGUCGCACAGGUUCCUUUAUGAUUCCCGGGAAAACGCGAGAUAAGAUCAUACCCAUCACCGUCAACGUUCAAUACAGCGCUUCCGAUGCAGGCGAUCCAACACUAAAGAACCUGUUUUAUUGCUCAUCACUCGCACAAAAUGAAACAGCAUCACAAGACACGCAACUGGGCAUCAACUUGCUCAUGUAUCUCGAGGAAUCCAUUCAAGGCAUUGCUUGGAAAGAAACCGCCACCAUCCAUCCCUCCAUUGUUGCUUGCCCAAAAUGA